CCCGUAAUAAGGGGGCCGAGCUGUCCCUCCGAGGAGGGGGCAUGGCGUGGAUAAAAGGGACGAAAAAGCAGGGGGUGGUUUCCAAAAAUAAAACCCUCCGGUUCCCCUUCAGACGGCUUCAGUGCGGGGAGCGGGAGCGAAGGUGCAGUGGACACGGGCUCGGUGCGCAGCCCAGGCAGCUCACGCCAUACAGUCCUUGCCCAGGAACCCCCGGGCCCCCAGACGGCUGCUUCAGAGUCCCCCAUAGACGGGUAGGGGCAAGCCUCCAGGCCGGUCCGUGGAGCGAACGGUGGAGAGCAUCUCCCGCGAGGUCUCGGGUGCCCGCAGCUCUGCAGCCACACUGGCGCCAUGAGAGCUCCGACCACCCCCACCGCCCGCUGCUCCGGACGCGUCCUGCGGAUGUGUUGGAGGGGCUUUCUGCCACUCGCCCUGGCUCUUUGGAUGGGGCCAGGUCAUGCCCAGAGGGACUCCGUGGGGAGAUAUGAACCAGCUAGCAGGGAUGCGAGUCGGCUGUGGCGCCCCGUGGGCAGUCACCCCGCAGCGGCUGCAGCCAAGGUGUACAGUCUAUUCCGGGAGCCUGAUGCGCCCGUCUCCGGCUUGCCGCCCUCGGAGUGGAACCAGCCGGGCCAGCGGAGCCCCAGGAGGCUCGCCGAGGCUGAGGCCGAGGCCAGGAGGCCAUUCCGUGCCCAACAGCUGCGUCGAGUCCAGCCACCUGUCCAGACCCGAAGAAGCAGUCCCCGGGGCCAGCAGCAGCCAGCAGCCCGGGCCGCGCCUUCUGUCGCGCGCCCGGUGACCCCGCAGCGACCCGCGGCUGCACGGCAGGGGCGGCUCACCGGGAGAAAUGUCUGCGGGGGACGGUGCUGCCCAGGAUGGACGACCUCAAACAGCACCACCCACUGCAUCAAACCUGUGUGCCAGCCUCCCUGUCAGAACCGGGGCUCCUGCAGCAGGCCCCAGCUCUGUGUCUGCCGGUCUGGCUUCCGCGGGGCACGCUGUGAAGAGGUCAUCCCUGAGGAGGAAUUUGACCCCCAGAAUGCCAGGCCUGUGCCGAGACGCUCAGUGGAGGGGGCCCCCAGCCCUCACAGGAACAGCGAAGCCAGAGGAAGUCUUGUGACCAGAAUACAGCUGCCGGCACCACCACCAGCAGCCAGGACCCUGAAUGGCCUCAGCCAGACCCGCCCCUUGCAGCAGCACACAGGGCUGUCCAGGACUGUUCAUCGUUACCCGGCCGCUGGUGCCAAUGGCCAGCUGACUUCCAACGCCUUGCCUUCGGGACCAGGACUUGAGCUGAGAGAUGGCACCCAGCCAGCAUCACAUGUGAACCACCUCUCACCCCCUUGGGGGCUGAACCUCACCGAGAAAAUCAAGAAGAUCAAGGUCGUCUUCACCCCCACCAUCUGCAAGCAGACCUGUGCCCGUGGGCGCUGUGCCAACAGCUGUGAGAAGGGCGACACCACCACCCUGUACAGCCAGGGUGGCCAUGGGCACGACCCCAAGUCUGGCUUCCGUAUCUAUUUCUGCCAGAUCCCCUGCCUGAAUGGAGGGCGCUGCAUUGGCCGGGAUGAGUGCUGGUGUCCAGCUAACUCCACAGGGAAGUUCUGCCAUCUGCCUGUCCCACAGCCAGACAGGGAGCCUCCGGGGAGAGGUUCCCACCACAGAGCCCUGCUGGAAGGGCCCCUGAAGCAAUCCACCUUCAUGCUGCCUCUCUCCAACCAGCUCGCCUCUGUGAACCCCUCGUUGGUGAAGGUGCACAUUCACCACCCGCCCGAGGCCUCAGUGCAGAUCCACCAGGUGGCACGGGUCCGGGGUGAGGUGGAUCCCGUGCUGGAUGAGAACAGUGUGGAGACCAGAGCUUCUUCCCAUCGGCCCCCUGGCAGCCCAAGCCACAGCCACUGGGCCAGUAACAGCAUACCUGCUCAGGCUGGAGAGGCCCCUCGGCCACCACCCCCAGUGCUGUCCAGGCAUCAGGGACUUCUGGGCCGGUGUUACCUGAGCACAGUGAAUGGACAGUGUGCUAACCCCCUGGUGGAUCUGACGUCUCAGGAGGACUGCUGUGGCAGUGUGGGGACCUUCUGGGGGGUGGCCUCAUGUGCUCCAUGCCCACCCAGACCAGCCUUCCCAGUAAUAGAAAAUGGCCAGCUGGAGUGUCCCCAAGGGUACAAGAGACUGAACCUCAGCCACUGCCAAGAUAUCAAUGAGUGCCUGACCCUGGGCUUGUGCCAGGACUCGGAGUGUGUGAACACCAGGGGCAGCUACCUGUGUACCUGCAGGCCUGGCCUGAUGCUGGAUCCGUCGAGGAGCCGCUGUGUAUCGGACAAGGCAGUCUCCAUGCACCAGGGACUGUGCUACCGGUCGCUGGGGUCUGGCACCUGCACCCUGCCUUUGAUACAACGGAUCACCAAGCAGAUAUGUUGCUGUAGCCGUGUGGGCAAAGCCUGGGGCAGCAAGUGUGAAAAGUGUCCCCUGCCUGGCACAGAGGCCUUCAGGGAGAUCUGCCCUGCUGGCCAUGGUUACACCUACUCAAGCUCAGACAUCCGCCUGUCCAUGAGGAAAGCCGUGGAAGAGGAACUGGCUAGCCCCUUCAGGGAACAGACACAGAAGAUCAGUGGACCUCUGCCUGGGGCAGCAGAGAGGCAACCACUCCGGGCAGUCACCGACACGUGGAUUGAGGCUGAGACCUUCCCUGACAAAGGUGACUCUCGGGCUCUUCAGAUCACAACCAGUGUUCCCCACCUACCUGCCCGGAUACCAGGGGAUGCCACCAGCAGACCGACACCAUCAUUGCCUGGACAGGGCAUUCCAGAGAGUCCAGAGGAAGAGAAAGUGACUCCCUCCAGUGAUGUCCUGGUGACACAGAGUCCCCCAGGCUUUGAUCCAUGUUUUGCUGGGACCUCCAACGUCUGUGGUCCUGGGACCUGUGUGAACCUCCCCGAUGGAUACCGAUGUAUCUGCAACCCUGGCUACCGGCUCCACCCCAGCCAGGACUACUGCACCGAUGAUAACGAGUGUCUGAGGAACCCCUGCUCAGGAAGAGGACGCUGUGUCAACAGUGUGGGCUCUUACUCCUGCCUUUGCUACCCCGGCUACUCACUGGCCACCCUGGGAGACACGCAGGAGUGCCAAGAUAUAGAUGAGUGUGAGCAGCCCGGGGUGUGCAGUGGUGGGCGAUGCAGCAACACGGAGGGUUCAUACCACUGUGAAUGUGAUCGGGGCUACAUCAUGGUCAGACAAGGAUACUGCCAAGAUAUCAAUGAAUGCCGUCACCCUGGUACCUGCCCUGAUGGGAGAUGCGUCAACUCCCCUGGCUCCUACGCUUGUCUGGCCUGUGAGGAGGGCUACAUAGGCCAGAGUGGGAGCUGUGUAGAUGUGAAUGAGUGUCUGACCCCUGGGAUCUGUGCCCAUGGAAGUUGCAUCAACGUGGAAGGCUCCUUCAGAUGCUCUUGUGAGCCGGGCUACGAGGUCACCCCAGACAAAAAGGGCUGCCGAGAUGUGGAUGAGUGUGCCAGCCGAGCCUCGUGCCCCUCCGGCCUCUGCCUCAACACCGAGGGCUCCUUCACCUGUUCAGCCUGUCAGAGUGGGUACUGGGUGAACGGAGAUGGCACUGCCUGUGAAGACCUGGAUGAGUGUGCCUUCCCUGGAGUCUGCCCUACAGGAGUCUGCACCAACACUGUGGGCUCCUUCUUCUGCAAGGACUGUGAUAAAGGCUACCGGCCCAGUCCCCUGGGCAAUACCUGUGAAGAUGUGGAUGAGUGUGAAGGUCCCCGGGACAGCUGCCUUGGAGGCGAAUGUAAGAACACAGAAGGUUCCUACCAAUGCCUCUGCCCCCAGGGCUUCCAGCUGGCCAAUGGCACCACGUGUGAGGACGUGGACGAGUGUGCGGGGGAGGAGGAGCACUGUGCUCCUCACGGCGAGUGCCUCAACAGCCAAGGGUCCUUCUUCUGCCUCUGUGCACCUGGCUUUGUCAGUGCUGAGGGGGGCACCAGAUGCCAGGAUGUUGAUGAGUGUGCAGCCACAGACCCAUGUCUACGAGGGCAUUGUGUCAACACAGAGGGCUCCUUCAGCUGUCUGUGUGAGCCCGGCUUCCAGCCCUCCCCAGACAGUGGAGAGUGUGUGGAUAUUGAUGAGUGUGAGGAUGAGGAAGACCCAGUGUGUGGAGCCUGGAGGUGUGAGAACAGCCCCGGUUCCUACCGCUGUGUCCUGGGCUGCCAGCCUGGCUUCUACAUGGCCCCGACUGGAGACUGCAUUGACAUAGAUGAAUGCGCCAACGACACUGUGUGUGGGAGCCACGGCUUCUGUGACAAUACGGAUGGCUCCUUCCGCUGCCUGUGUGACCAGGGCUUCGAGACCUCACCCUCAGGCUGGGAAUGUGUUGACGUGAACGAGUGUGAGCUCAUGCUGGCAGUGUGUGGGGCUGCACUCUGUGAGAACGUGGAAGGCUCCUUCCUGUGUCUGUGUGCCAGUGACCUCGAGGAGUAUGACGCACAAGAGGGACACUGCCGUCCUCGGGCGGCUGGAGCUCAGAGAAUCCCAGAGGUCCCAACAGGGGACCCGGCUCCAGGCCUCACCCGCAUGGAAUGCUACUCUGAGCACAAUGGUGGUCCUCCCUGCUCAAGCAUCCUGGGCCGGAACUCCACCCAGGCUGAAUGCUGCUGUACUCAGGGUGCCAGAUGGGGAAAAGCCUGUGACCCUUGCCCAUCCGAGGACUCAGUUGAAUUCGGUGAGCUCUGCCCCAGUGGUCAAGGCUACAUCCCUGUGGAAGGAGCCUGGACAUUUGGACAAACCAUGUACACAGAUGCCGACGAGUGCGCCCUGUUCGGACCUGCUCUCUGCCAGAAGGGCCGGUGCCUCAACACAGUGCCUGGCUACAUUUGCCUGUGCGAUCCUGGCUACCAUUAUGACGCCUCCAGCAGGAAGUGCCAGGGCCACCGUGACCCUGUUCCACCUGUUCCUGACGCCACAGAUCACAAUGAGUGCCAGGACUUGGCCUGUGAGAAUGGAGAGUGUGUGAACACAGACGGCUCCUUCCACUGUUUCUGCAGUCCUCCCCUCGUCCUCGACCUCAGUGGGCAACGCUGUGUGAACAGUACCAGCAGCAGCUCAGAGGACUUCCCUGACCAUGACAUCCACAUGGACAUCUGCUGGAAAAAGGUCACCAAUGACGUGUGCAGCCAACCCUUGCGCGGGCACCAUACUACCUACACAGAAUGCUGCUGCCAGGAUGGCGAGGCCUGGAGCCAGCAGUGUGCUCUGUGCCCCCCUCGGAGCUCUGAAGUCUAUGCUCAGCUGUGCAAUGUGGCUCGGAUUGAGGCAGAGCGGGAAGCAGGGAUCCACUUCCGGCCAGGCUAUGAGUAUGGCCCCGGCCCAGAUGAUCUGCCCUACAAUCUCUAUGGCCCAGAUGGGGCCCCUUUCUACAACUACCUGGGCCCAGAGGACACCGUUCCCGAGUCUCCCUUCUCCAGCACGGCCAGUCAGCUGGGAGGUAACACACCGGUCCUCGAACCUCCUUUGCAGCCGUCUGAACUUGAGCCCCGUUACGUGGCCAGCCAUUCAGAACCACUGGCCUCCUUUGAAGGACUUCAGGCUGAGGAAUGUGGCGUCCUGAAUGGCUGUGAGAAUGGCCGCUGUGUGCGUGUGCGGGAGGGCUACACCUGUGACUGCUUUGAAGGCUUCCAGCUGGAUGCGGCCCACAUGGCCUGCGUGGAUGUGAAUGAGUGCGAGGACUUGAACGGGCCUGCCGCGCUCUGUGCACACGGUCACUGUGAGAACACAGAGGGUUCCUACCGCUGCCACUGCUCCCCAGGUUACGUGGCAGAGCCAGGCCCCCCACACUGUGCGGCCAAGGAGUAAACGUGAGGGAUCACUGUGGGCAGCUAGCUCUCUGGAAAUGGCUUCAGCCGUAGGCUGGGAACUUAAGAUUGCUUCCCUGGCUGGGCAAACAUCGUGGCUGGGAAGACUGCAGGAUGCCAUCAGGCCAGGGCUCUGCAGUCAGGUUGUCGGCCUUGCCUGCUUUUUUUUUUUUAAUCUCUUCCAGCUUAGCUCUGGCUGUGAGCUUCCAUCACAGCCUCUAUGCCAUUGCCUGGCUCAGACACCACAACUAUUUUUAAUGCUUCAGCCACUGGCCAUGAGACACAGCCUACCAUCUGUCUGUCCUCGGGGCCUCACUGUAGGACGGCUCAUCAGAAGAGUCCUCAUCCACUCCGCUUAGGCUGUGCAGAAACUUGCAGGCACCUCUUUCCAGCUGUGAUCCACACCUCGUCCUGAUGAUUCCACACCUGGGACAUCGGCUACCUCUGCCCCGGGAUGGCCCUCCACCAUCUGUGGAGCAAGACAGGGUUUGGAAAAGUUUGGGGGGUGGCUCCAACGCCACCUCUCCGAACUACAACCGCCCAGGCAAUCUGGUGUGAGCUCUUUUGCCACAUCUCCGCCCUGUAGACAGUCUGUGGCCCCAGGAAGGGGACCAGUUUCCCUCAUCUCAGAGGAUGAAGACUUUGUGUAAGAAACACAAAGGAAGAGGGGAAAUGAGCCCGAGAAGCAGCAAGAGAGAGAAAUACAAAAGCCAUGGGGAGCUGACAUGAGAGGAGGAGCCAGGAUUUAUACAGAUCGAAAAACACUGAGUGGCUUUGGGCAAAUUACUCAAAACCACCAUAUAGCCUCUAUGCACCAGUAGUGAGGGUUGCCACAAGACUCGGCACCCAUCUCCAAAGACCUUCAUUAGCUAUUCAUGUUCCCUUCAGGAACCAAAUCUCUUCUGGGCUUUUUGUGAAACCCAAAUUGUUGGGCUUGGUCUUGCCAGAGGAAGCCACGUUUUCAGUGUUGUUGAUCUCCUCUACUCAGAAAGCCUUGCCCUUGUUCCCUGCAGAAAAAAAUGAGUGUCUGGAAUCCUCUCUAGGAGAUGCACUUCCAUCCAGGCUAGCUGGGAGUUCAGGAGCAUGAUGGAAUAAAAUGUUCACCUGGACUCCUCUUGUGCUUGUGUUUCUUUCCUGUUAUGCCAACCUUACCAUGUUGGUUCAGUCUAAAGGUGAGAUUAGAAACGAACCUGCGUGUGCUCUCCAUGUCCAGUUCCACCAGUCCUCGGUGACUGGGCUCCAGUGUGGGAGGUCCGAUACUAUCCUAAGACAAGGCAGACAGACUCGCUGCAUUUCCCUGACUGGCGGUGAUGUAACAAGGCUGCAUGUGACAGAAGACAUGGAGGUGACUGCUACUUCUUAAAUCUGAUCUGCCCUGCCCUGCCUGCUGCUCUGGCCGCCACCCGCCAUGUGACUUAUUGAAUGCCUGCUACACCUGAGCACUGUAACGAGUGUCGUGCAUAGAUUCCAUUUAAUCAUACAACAAUCUCAUUUACUACCUUAUUCCAUAUUUACAGGCAAGAAAACUGAGACCCAGGAAGCUCAAAUAAUUUUCUGUAGGCCAUUAUCCAGUUGAAGUAUCCUCAGCCGACAAAAACCAAUGAAAAUCUUCUUUUGUUCCUAACAGAAGGGCUACUUACAGUGCAGUGAGAGUUGGGGAUUUAGCUAGCUGAUAGAGUGCUCACCUGGGGUGCAUAAGAUCCUGGGGUUCCCUUCCUAACAGCAGGGGAGAGGGGAGAAUAGUGAAGAUACUUUUUAAAGGUAGACUAAGAUCAAGGUUUGCUCAGACUGCGGGUGGCAAGCCUUUGCUGAGACAGACACACUCAUGACAAGUGUUGGAAGUGUGUGUUGUACAACGUCUGAAGAGCACAUUAUGGCAAUGUCUUUCACAGGUAUAACAGGCACAAAGCUAACCCUUUGACCCGGAAAUUCCACUUCUAGGACUUUAACGUUCAGGUAUAUUCUCACCAAAUACGGAAUCACAUACAUGAGAGGUUAUUUAUUAAAGCACUGUUUGUACUAGCAGAAGAUUAGAAACAACUUCUAUGAGAGUCUCAAGGAAGAGAAUAGCAUUCUAAACACCCUGUCCAGAAAGAUAUCCCGAGAGACUGGGGAAGGGGGCUGUAGAACAGUGGGGGAGAUGUGCUGCUAUUUGUCUAAAGAGGGGUGGACCGCUCCCCACCACUCUGCCUCACACCCAUCCUUCAGAGAACGCCCUACCAUUGCCCAAGCAUGCCCUGAUGGCACUGUGCUCUUGCCCUCAGAGUCGGCCACCCCUUGUAUUCCUGUUCAGCCUUUAGACAUUCUAUGUGCACAUACAAAUAUUGCCUUUUAUUAAAAACAGAAAUAACGCAUGGUGCAUGCUGUUCUACAGAGUGCCCCCCCCCCACUUCUUUUUCUUCUUUCUCUCUUUGGAACAGAAUUUUACAAAGUAGGCCAGCUAGCCUAGAACCAAUGAUCCUCUGCUUCCUUUGUGCUGGAACUACAGGUGCGUACCACCACAUCCAGCUACAUUUUUUUUUCUCUACUUGCUCAUACAGAAUUAUCUCAUGCUGCCUAGUGUUGUAGCACACACCUAUAAUGCCUACAUUCAGAAGGCUGAGGCAAGAGGACUGUGAGAGUUAGGACAGCCGGAGCUACAAAACAACAAUCAAUGGUCUCAUUCCAUUUUAUAGCUGCAUACUAUUCUAUGGAAUGGAUAAACCAUAACUUACUCAGCCAGUCCCUCACUGACAGACAAUCCCGUUGCCUACCUUUGUUCAUAAUGCUGUAACGAGCACUGUUGUAUGUGUGUUAUUUCCUAUCUAUGGGGUUAAACUCUUGAAAACACUAUGAUUGAUGGGAGAGUGACAGGGUGGAUAAAUAAAAUACUGAGGUUUUUUUUUCUUUUUCAUUGUAUCGCCCCCUUUAUAAAUUUGUAGAUGUAUUAUCCACUCAAGAAAAAUAAAAUAUUUUUAAAUACA